AUGUCUGAGGCGCUUGUCGAGAGCUUUAAAACCGAGCUGAACCGCGAAGCGGAACUACGCCUGAGCAAAAAUUUUCCCGAGCACCUUCAGGCUGCAAAUCAGCUGCUUAAACAACCGCUCUUCGAUAUUGAGGCAAACAGGAAGAAAGCCCGCGAGCAGAGUGCAACACCGCUGACCAAUGCGGAGACUGUCAGUACCGAAUCCAUACCCCGUACAAAGACGGCAAUUCCCUCAAACCCUCUCAUUGACGAAGCCUACACGGCCGUGAAACCGCUGCUUCUGCAGCUGGGCGAGGAUGUACAGCUGCUGCGAAUGUGGGUGAUGAUGAAUGUUCCGCGAAUAGAAGACGGCAACAACUUUGGCGUCUCAGUCCAAGAGGAGAUAAUCAUGGAGGCUGCCAAGACGGAGACGGAUGCAACCACGAUGUUGGACUUUUACUGCGACUACUUAUCAUUUCGUGGAAAACUGUGCACAAAACGCCUGAAGUGGCCCGGCGUCGUCGACUAUGAACGCGCGAUCAGCGAUCUGGAUGAGACGACCUACAUUCGACUGAGGAUGGCUGUCCAGGAUAUCAGAAACAACUACGCCAGAAUGUAUGACCUCUUCUCAAAAAAUGCUGAGAAAAUACGGAACCCUCGAUCGGACGGAAUGAACGCAGUCAACAUCAUGUAUUAG